AUGCCUAAGCGUGCAGCUCCCGAGAACAUUUCGAAGACCCAAAAAUUGCAGCAAUCAAAAAGGCCCAAACUAUUGCCUUCUAAGCGGAGAUCUGAUGCCAAACCAGCUAAACGGGUCCAAUGGAAAAACCGUGAACGAACAUUGUUUGUGUGCUCGCGCGGAGUCUCCGCCCUGGGCCGCCAUCUCAUGAAAGACCUUAUCCACAUGAUGCCCCAUUCCAAGUCGGACACGAAACUGGACACCAAGAAAGACAUUCCAUUGGUCAACGAAAUUGCAGAAAUCCGAAAUGCGACGAAGGUCGUGUUUUUUGAAGGUCGGAAGAAGCACGAUUUGUACAUGUGGUUAAGCUGUGUUCCAAGCGGGCCAUCAGCAAAGUUCUUGGUGGAGAACAUGCGUACCACCGCGGAGCUCAAAAUGACUGGUAACGCACUUCGAUAUAGCCGUCCAAUUCUUUCUUUUGAUCCCAGUUUCGACGACUCCGCGAUGCCACAUCUGCAACUUCUCAAGGAAGUUUUUAUUCAGUCCUUCGGGACACCUAAUUUUCAUCCCAAAAUGCAACCCUACACGGACAAAGUUAUCUCGGUCAUCUGGUUUGCUGGGCGAAUUUGGUUCCGUGUUUAUCAGAUUAUUGAAGAAAGCGGAGCCCUCUCGGAGAUAGGACCUCGUUUCUCACUUUUCCCAAUGAAGAUCUUCUUGGGAAGCUUCAGAGGUGCAGUUAUCUGGGAAAAUCCCAAGUAUAUCUCGCCAAAUAAGAUUCGCCAGGCAUUGAGGAUGGAGAAGAGAACAAAGUACAUGGAAAGAGUAGAGGCGAAGAAGCGUACUAAUAGGCGGAAGAGUCUGCGGACAGUUCUGCACGAAGUGGAUGAGACCGACGAUAUUUUUGAGUAA